GUAUUAGCCUUUUUGAUGCACGAUUUCGUAAACAAUCGCUGUGUGAGACAUAAUUAAACAAAUAAGUAGCUAGAAAACCUAUUUUUUAUCCUCGACAACGGGUACUAGUAAGUUGAUGAUGCCGUUUUUAAUCGCAACAUCUGUUCUCACUACUUUAUUGGAAAUCCACAGUUCAUUCCGCAUUUUUAUUUCAACAUAAUCGUUCACCAAGAAAUCAGUAUUGUUGCAUCGAUCCUUCUAUAAAUCAUUUGAAGAAUUGGAAAGUCAAUUGGUGACAACACUAGUUUUCAAUGUUAUGAAGUCAAUGAAUUCGAGCAAGAAAUAUUUCAUAUUAGUGAUAAACUGUUCGUGAUGUCUUUGAGUCCAUCAGUAAGUUACAAAGCAGCUGAACCUACCAUUCAUUCACGAAUAAUCAGACAUGAUUCCUUGUCAAAAGCUAUUUGGGAUUGGAUCGUUUUGCUACUGGUAAUUUACACUGCAAUCGAAGUACCGUACAACGUUGCGUUUAUAGUACCGUUGCACAAGAAAGUGUCGCUAAAAGAUAAUAUAUGGGAGAUUCUCAAUCUUUGUGUGGAUAUUCUUUUUAUUGUCGACGUGAUCAUUAAUUUUCGCACUACUUACGUUGAGGGUAGAACUGUCAAAGUUGUAAGUAACCCUAGAAAAAUUGCCUGCAAUUACUUAAGGACGUGGUUCUUUGUCGACUUUGUCUCAGCGAUGCCAUUUGAGUUAAUUUCCCUCUUGAGUUCACAAAAGGGCUUUGUCAAUUUGAUAAGUCUCUUGAAAACUGCACGACUUCUGAGGCUGGUUCGUGUCGCAAGAAAAUUGGAUCGCUAUUCCGAGUAUGGCAUAGCUGUAAUAUUCUUGCUUAUGGGAUUAUUUGCAUUAUCUGCUCAUUGGUUUGCCUGCAUUUAUUAUGUUAUUGGAAGAAACGAGAGAGAACAUCAUGCCAAUUGGAUUAACGUACUAUCUCGUGGACUGAGUGGCACGUCAUGUAACACACAUCACAAUAUUACCCGAUUGACUUUGAAUGUAUCGAUGACACAAAGCUAUCUUUCAGCCAUGUACUUUACUGUAAGCAGUCUCACUAGUGUCGGAUUUGGAAACGUAGCAGCUAACACAAAUGCCGAAAAGGCUUUUGCAAUCUGUGUCAUGUUGGUCGGUGCUUUGAUGUUUGCCACAAUUUUUGGUAAUCUUACUGCUAUCAUACAACGUUUGUAUCUAACCACAUCCAAGUAUCAUAAAGAUCUAAGUACUGUUCGCGAGUUUAUCCACUUUUAUGAAAUACCCUCGCCUCUAAGUGAUAAGUUGGAAGAUUACACAAAGAAUAUUUGGGCACAGACAAAAGGAGUGAGCGUAAAGAAGGUUUUGGAAAUUUUUCCUGAGUCGCUUCAAACAGAUAUCUGCUUUCAUUUAUGCCAAGGACUGUUCACCACGGUAUCAGCGUUUCAGGAGGCCGAUGAAUCUUGCUUGCGAGCAUUGUCGAUGAAGUUUCACUCAUUGCACUGUUUACCUAAGCAGUAUGUAGUCAAGCAGGGUGAUCCUAUUCAGGAGAUUUAUUUUAUCUGCAGUGGGAAUGUACAAAUUGUUAGAGAUGGCAGAACUAUGUUAACCUUGACAUCGGGAGAUGUAAUCAGUUGUGACUAUCGAAGCCCGAACCAUAUACCGAAGGCUAACGCAGAUUUAAGCGUCAUUGGAAUAGCUGAAAUACAAUCAAUCAAUUACGAGGACUUGUUGGAAUGCCUUCGAGCUCAUCCUGCAUUUGGAGAUGUCUUUUUCCAAAGGCUAGAGGGAUCCUACAGUUUGGAAGAAGAGGAAGAGUGCUGUGAGGAAAAAACAAAGUUCCCACAUUCCUUCAUUAAUGCUCGUAAAGAACUAUCAUAUUUUAAACUAUCUCCUUCGUCCCAUAAACAAAAAACUUCAGCGAACGGAUCAACUUGCAUUCAAAUUCAAGAAACUUCAUUUACAACAAACUGUGCAGGACCAUCACAUAAUAAAAAGGAAAAAGAAGAAGCGGCUUCGAACAAUUUACUUAAUAAAAAAAUCAACAUGGAGCAAAAACUAACACAACAACGUUUGGAUGUGAUUGAAAGUAAAUUAAAUGAAAUGGAAGAUUCUAUAAGGAAAAACUUUAAUUUAGUUAUAGAUAUGAUCAAAAAAGAUAAACGUGAAAAAACUAAUGAAAUAGAUUAAAAAUUAAAAAUGAUCUAUCAACUAUACUAUACGAGCUACAGAGUCCUCAUACUCUCCCAAUACUUUUGUUGUAAGGCAAAUGUUUCUGUGGGCAUAUUCCUGUGGAAAAGAAAGCCGGUCUAAAGUUCGGACUGGCUUCACACUGCUGUAAGAGCAGUUGGAUUUUUGUUUGAUUGGUUCUUUGUUGGCCACUGGUAUAAAGCAAAGUUUAAGACUUCUGUUUGAUUAUUAUAUAGUCUUAAUUGUUAACAAAUCUUCAGGAGACCGCUUCUCAGUUACUUAUCUCAGGACAUUAUAAUUUUUUAAUUAUGUAUAUAUUUUUACUGUACUUAAUUCCACAAAUAACCGAAUGUAAAAAUGUUUAACAAUUUAAUGCGCACACCAAAUUAAUUAUAGUUGUAUUUACGAACAAUAAACUGUGUUACCUUGCGAAAUAAAAAUUAUGUUCAAAGUCUAA